AUGCAUCCCAGUUCAACUACAUCGACUCCCUUUUCAGUGAAGGAUAUUUUGAAACAGGAGCACCACCCUGACUUUGAAAAUGAAUUCUUGAUGACUGAUCAAGUUGUUCCGAUGCAUUAUCAGUGCGCGCACGCUGCGUCCCGGACCAGGGACGUUUAUGACUGCCAGACUGAGCCAUGCCUCCCUGGGACGCGGGAGAAGCUCCGUAAUCACAACUCAGCAGCGGGAGAGGAGAUGAAUGAGCAGGAAAUAAGCGGUGUUGACAGUUCACCUGACUGUGACAAAAACUCGAAAAUCAGAGGCAGCAGGCUGCGCAGGAAGCCCCGGGUCCUCUUCUCUCAGUCCCAGGUGUCCGAGCUAGAGAGGCGCUUCAGGCAGCAGAGGUACCUGUCCGCCCCGGAGAGAGAGCAGCUGGCACACAUCCUCAAACUCACCUCCACACAGGUCAAAAUCUGGUUUCAGAACAGGAGGUACAAAUGUAAGCGUCAAAGGCAGGACAAGUCUCUGGAGCUGGCGGGGUAUACACCUGCACCGAGGAGGGUGGCGGUGCCGGUGCUGGUGCGGGACGGGAAGCUCUGCAGCGCAGCUUCAGCACCUUAUAAUGCAAAUCUCGGACAUUUCAAUCCCGUAUUUGGGUUUGGGAACAGCAGCGUGUACGGCUGCAAUUAUCACAGUGUGUCACCGUCAGCAGCACAGAUGUGUAAUAACCAGCUGGUAGAUUUAACAGGAAACAGCCAGUUCAGCCACGGACACUUGCAGGCUUCAUUACAGGGUGUAACAGGCUGGUGA